AAAAGUCGAAAGCAAGUUGGUUGCAAGUGGAAUACCACACGUCUGCCCUCCUGCCAACAAAGAACCAACACAGAUCCGCGCACCUCGCAAUGUCCCGUCUAGGAUCACUCCCUGCAAAUCUCUGCGCCCACCUCCAAAACACAUCGCGCAGCUUCCAUCCGAGAGCCUGCAUCCCAUACACAAACUCUGCUCUUGCAAUCUCAAACAUUCUUCUUCGCUCGGGUCUUGUAUCAAAUAUUUCCCUUGGUUCCCCAGCGGGCCCAGAUCCAGCAUCAUUCAACACACUCCCUGUUCCCGCAAAGAAGCUCUGGAUAGGACUCAAACACCGUGACGGGCAACCGGUGUUGAGAAGGAUGAACCUCGUUUCGAAGCCCAGCUUCAGGGUGGUUGUCAGCAAGGAGGAGUUGGGGAGGUUAUUGGUUGGAAAGAGGGCAAGGAAUGUCCCGGGGGUAGGGAUCGGAGAGAUUCUCAUUGUCAAGACACCGGAAGAUAGGAGAGAAGGGAGGUCAAACGCCGAGAGGUAUAUGGAGGGAUGGGAGGCGUUUAGGGCGGGACUUGGAGGGGAAGUGAUCUGCAGGGUAGCGUAGAUUGGCAGUUGAUGGGUUCAGGAGCUGCGAGAAGGACGGAUAGGUGUAGAUUACGACAUGCCAUGCUAUAUUAAUCAUUACACUAAACGGAUACAAG